CCGGCGACUCCACUAAGCCCUCCUCCUCGCCGUCCACUCGCUCCUACAGCCGCCGAUGGUACAACCCUCUCAGGCGCGGACCGCCGGAGGACCGGCCGUCGCCGGAGAUCGUUCGCCGCUGGAUCGAGGCCGAUCAGCCGCUCGCUUCUCAAGAUGUUUGCGAUUGUCAAUGCGAAAUCCCGGCAGGCAGUUCGGACUGCCUCAAUCACGGUUUUACGGCUGAACGAGGAUGGAAAUGAGGGAAUGGUUUGUUUAGUGCAUAUCUGCUUUGAUGCGGAUGAGAGCGAUAUACUGAGUCGGAAAUUGACAAUUGCAGUCUUAAUGCUGAAAAAUUAGGUCGUGUCUCACCUCGUGUUGUUUGUGAUAAUUGGCCAUAUGCAAGCGAGUGCUAUUCUAAACAAGUGUUGUUGAAUGUGGAAUUCCAAAGAAUUUGCUACUUGUGCAGAUUGUAGUAUUCCCCAAUUAUAACUCACUCAAUUCUCAAUCUAGUGUACUGGAAUGGUUUAGAGGCAGCUUUAGAGUUAGGUUAUAGAUGAGAUUAAGCAGCAGUGCUGUCAAUUUCACGAAAUUUACGGUGGUUUCUUACAACAUUCUGGGAGAUAAAAAUGCUUUGAAGCACAGAGAUUUAUAUACGAAUAUUCCUUCUCUGUACAUGAAAUGGGAACGGCGUAAACAUGUUAUAUGUGAAGAGCUGAUGGGAUGGAAUCCGGACAUUAUCUGUUUGCAGGAGGUGGACAAAUAUUUCGAGCUCUCGAAAAUUCUUGAGAGAGCAGGAUAUGUUGGUUCUUAUAAGAGACGCACUGGAGAUGCUGUUGAUGGUUGUGCUAUAUUUUGGAAAGCAAAUGAGUUUUGGCUAUUAGAAGAAGAGAGCAUCAAUUUUAAAGAACUCGGUCUUCGUGAUAAUGUAGCACAGCUUUCCGUCUUUCAGGCGUGCAAAGCGGAGUCAAAGCAACUGCUUGUUGGCAAUAUUCACGUACUCUAUAACCCGAGUAGAGGAGAUGUCAAGUUAGGACAAAUUCGUCACCUCUCCUCAAGGGCACAUAUUCUCUCAGAAAAAUGGGGUAGUAUUCCUGUUCUGCUUGCUGGUGAUUUCAACAGCACUCCACAGAGUGCUAUAUACAAGUUCUUGUCAACAUCCAAGCUGGAUAUCAUGUCAUAUGACCGAAGGGAAUUAUCUGGCCAAAGAAGCUGCCAUCCUGCUCAAGUUUUUGGUGAAAAGCAGGACUUAAGUAACUCCUUGUUUUUGAUAGACAGAUUUUUGACAUGUGGCUGGACUGACGAAGAGAUCAAAACUGCUGGUGGUAAAGCUGAAGGUGAGGUUGUUGCCCAUCCAUUGUAUCUUAAGAGCUCCUACGCCACAAUAAGGGGAUCAGCCAGAACAAGGGACUCAAAUGGUGAACCGCUCGCAACUUCGUACCACUCAAAAUUUUUUGGGACAGUUGACUAUAUUUGGUACUCAAAGGGUCUUGCACCUACAAGAGUUCUGGACACUCCCCCUGUUGAUAUUCUUCGGAGAACAGGUGGUUUGCCAUGCAAAAAAGUGGGGAGCGAUCAUCUGGCCCUGGUAUCAGAAUUCGCCUUUACUCAAGCCAGUGAUGUGGGCAAAGGAACACUUGUGGCAACAUCUCGGAUGCAGCAAUUGCACCCUGGAGAUAAAGCACAGUGAAGUGGCUUGUUUGAUUCUUUUCUCGCGUGACCAAAGAUACUUGAUAAAGUGAUGCGAGGCACUUGCUGGAUUACACUAGAAAAUCAGUUCAUCAAUAUCUGCGCCCGGUUUAAGUGGAUCCCUGGAGUUGAGACUGGUUGAGAUUGAUUUCCUGCGAGUCAAUCUGCACGUAGCAUUCUUGUGAAUUAUUACUAUUCGUCGUGAACCUGAACAUAAAAUUGCUGCAGUUGUAUCUGCAUCUUCCAAAGCUCUAAAUUUGU